AUGGUGAAGCUCAGCAUGAUCAGAGUGGCGAAGAAAUUGAUACAGAUUCAGACUGAUGAAAGUGGGGAUGAUCUUGUUAUUGAUGACACCCAAAUUUCCGAUGAACAUACUGAUACUGAGUCUUCAGACAGUGACAUGGAUACACAUGAAAAUGAUGUGGAAGUUGAAGAUAUUUUUACUACAACAAGGAGUGGACGAAUCACCACCAACUGGCGGGCUCUGAAUUUUACGUGA